AUGACCUCUUGCAGCUGGCGAGGAGUGAAGUUCCCUUGCUGUGAAGGCUUCAAACCUGUUGUCACAAACUCUGGAAUCUGCUAUGUGUUCAACUCCCUACCGUCUAACCUUCACUUAGCAGAUAAUACAAUGAAGCAGUUCAUGUUCAAUGACAGUUAUCCAAAGAGUUCUCGGUACUGGUCACCCAUGAAUGGUUACCCACAGCCAGACCUAAGAAAAGACCCUCGUUACAGCACACUGCCGAGGUGGAGUUCCCAGACUGGGGAAGACCUCGGUCUCAGCGUAGAGCUGCGGCAGAACAUGGACGACUGGCAAGACCUGUGCGUUGGAGGUCACCAGGGGUUUAAGGUUGUGGUUCAGUCACCAGCAGAGUUGCCAAUAUAUACACAUCAAGCAUUGAAAGUUCCAAUGAAACGUGACUUUAAAAUUUAUCUUUCUCCAAUCACAAUACGCACUCCUCUCGACUACCUUCACACAGACCACAGAUCUAGAGGCUGUCUGUACCAGGGGGAGAUGAAACUGGACAACUUUAAAAUAUACUCAAUCACUAACUGUGUCGUACAGUGCAUCAUAGAUGAAGCAAUCACGUCAUGUGGCUGUGUUGGCUUCUACGCUCCAAGGAAUUCAUCUGUUCCUGUGUGCUCGAAUAAUAAGGAAAAUCUCUGUGUGAGAAAAGUUGUAGAGGAGCUGGUGUCCAGCAGGAUGGCCAUUGACAAGGAUGCCAAGCAGCGUCAAGGAUGUGUCUGCUACCCCGUCUGCAAUGAGCUUACUUACGAUUUUACCAGUAACCGUAACCUGUUCUUUCACGAGAAUGAAAGUGGGAUCUACGAAGCUACUGACACUAAACAGGCUUACUCAAGAGUAUCAAUAUUUUACAGUAAACUGAAAUUUCUCGGUGUUCGACGACAAGCAGAAACUUCCUUUUAUGACUUUUUAGGUAAUUGCGGAGGAUUGCUAUCUCUGAUGACUGGCUUCAGCUUCAUCAGUGGACUAGAGCUAGUGUACCAUCUUAUGUUGCGCCCAUUCUGCUGUUUGAUGUUCAACAAAGUGAGAAACAACAACCUGACUGUAGUAUCUCGUCCACCUUUGCGGGUCCUGGCAAUGAAGCAUCAACUACGAGUCAAAGAUCACUACUUCACCAGAUCAUAAGAUAUUAAGAAUGUCAAGAACAACAAAUACAAAAAAAAUUCAAAAAUAGUUAAGAGACUUUGCAUUAGACUUAAUUGCCCUGUUUCCUGUACCUAAUGAUCAGUUUACUCAAUGUUUCAGAAUUUUACUCCUUUUUAGUCACAUUAAUAAUAAGAUGUGUAAAUGUAAUUUGAAGGGGCUAACAUUGUGGUAGAGGUGGGGGUACUUCAGUACUCUAGCAGGUUGAAAAUAGCAGUAAUUUACAGUGGAAUAAAUCUCUCACAGCAUGAACAUAGGGCUUUAGCAUAGUUAAUACAGUAACUAUACAGAGGGCCAAAAGAACAACUUCAAUUGGUAGUUUAGGACAGAUUUUAAUAUACAAUAAGAAGUAAGAAAAUACAAAUAAUGUCAAUCCAUAGAUUCCAGAAAUAAAUGGUUAAAAUUAUAGUACAUUAGAUACAGUUUUUUAAGCUAUGGCUUAC